AAUUGUCACUGAUUUAGCGCUCAGUAGCUGGCUGCUAUAGCUUCUAUUUACUAUCUAUAUUAUAUUAGAUAACUGUGGCGCAGCUCGAAAAUUUUAUUAGUUUCCUCUGAGGUUUUUCUAUAUCUCAAGCAGUUUUCCUGUAAUAUAAAGUGAAAAGAUGAUUACAUCUUCACUACUCGGUACCCUCCGGGUUGCCCGGGUCUCCGUCGUGGUCACAAGGAACUUGGCAGCAACCUCAAAAGCUACAGAUCCCAUUCAACAGCUCUUUUUAGACAAAAUUAGGGAAUACAAACAGAAAAGCGCAGGCGGUAAGCUAGUAGAUCCUAGUCCUGCUGUUGCAAAGGAGCUGAAGACUGAAAUGGAAAAGCUAGAAAAGCAAUUUGGUGGAGGAUCUGGUGUGGACAUGACAGCAUUCCCUUCUUUUAAAUUUGAAGAUCCAAAAUUGGACUCGAUUGAUGAACAAGCCCCCACUAAGAAGUAAACUUACUAGUUAUAUUCAAUGGUUAAUAAGCUGUUCUGUUAGGUAAUAAAUGAUAAAUAAAA